GGCGGGGCCGCGCUGCAGCCUCGGCCGGGGAGGCGCCGCUCUCGCACCGCUGGGGCGCUGCCGCCGCCGGGCCCGGGUGCGGGAGGAGACAGUCCAGCAGCUACACAUCUUCCGCUCCUGGUCUUUUUUUUCCCUACGAAUCUCUGCGAAGACAAGUUAUGUCCACAGCUACUCUAAUUAAUUUGGUACGGAAUGGAGGGUUCCAAGUAAGAAGGAGAGCCGUGCUCACGUCCCGCUUCCUGCAAGACGAGACGCGUCCCACAGCCGCCUGCUCCAUCGCCACCUCCGAGCGCCGCGCCUCCCGCUUCGACUCCGACGGGAGCGGGCGGCUGACCACAUGGGACACCUUUGGCAUCUGGGACAAUCGCAUCGAUGAACCCAUUCUCCUCCCACCCAGCAUAAAGUACGGGAAGCCGAUCCCAAAAGUGAGUCUGAGCAACGUGGGCUGCGCCAGCCACAUCGGGAAGAGAAAGGAAAAUGAGGACCGGUUCGAUUACGCUCAGCUGACGGAGGAUAUCCUGUACUUCGCGGUGUACGAUGGGCACGGCGGGGCAGCAGCUGCAGACUUCUGUGAAAAGUACAUGGAAAAAUAUAUUAAGGAAUUUCUUGCUGAGGAGGAGAACUUGGAAAAUGUUUUGAGCAAGGCUUUUCUAGAAAUAAACAAAGCAUAUCAAAGGCAUGCCAAUCUCUCUGCUGACGCAACUCUGCUGAACUCGGGGACCACUGCAACAGUGGCUCUGCUGCGGGAUGGAAUUGAGCUGGUUGUGGCAAGUGUGGGAGACAGUCGUGCUCUGCUGUGCCGGAAGGGAAAGGCCAUGAAACUCACCAUUGACCAUACUCCAGAGAGAAAGCAGGAGAAGGAAAGGAUUAAGAAGUGUGGUGGCUUCGUUUCCUGGAACAGUUUGGGACAACCUCAUGUGAAUGGUAGACUUGCAAUGACACGGAGCAUAGGAGAUUUGGAUCUUAAAAACAGUGGUGUGAUAGCCCAGCCAGAAACAAAAAAGGUUCAGCUGCAGCACGCGGACGACAGCUUCCUGGUCCUGACCACCGACGGCAUCAACUUCAUGGUGAACAGCCAGGAGAUCUGCGACUUCAUCAGCCAGUGCCACGACCCUGCUGAGGCCGCCCACGUGGUCACUGAGCAGGCAGCGCAGUUUGGCAGUGAAGACAACAGCACCGUUGUCAUAGUGCCAUUUGGAGCUUGGGGCAAGUACAAGAACGGGGAGGUCACCUUCUCCUUCAGCCGCAGUUUCGCUUCCAGCGGGAGGUGGGCAUGAAGACAAUGCCACAGCAAUCCUUUCCUGCCGUCACCUGGACACAGUGUGCUACAGGAGAACACCUCCAUCUGUUCCUAGGCUGACUCAGUGUCUUGUCCAUCUCUUCUGCUCCCAGUGUUAGAAGGUGCCACUGCUCCCUUGGUGCGUAGUGCCCGUUGUUGCUUAUGGCUGACCGUGUCUUGCUGCCCGCGUUAUUCCAGGCAGCAUCGGGGCAGCCCCAGCAACUCCACACAUCACUUUGUUCACAUAGACGACGUUCUGGGCUUUCACCUGAGGCUGGAGGGGGUGCACAGUCGUUUCAUGCCUACUUGUAUUCCCCAGGACCCUCAGUUCCCUGGCAGCUGUGAGUCCCUGAGCCACAUGCUGGCUUCCUUGUAUGAUAAAACACAGAGGAACAAACGCACAAUGUUCUUAGGUAGAAAAAAGAAAGAGAGUUUGUUGUCUUCCUCUGCUGCAGCCACUCAAAACUCCCCUGUGCUCCAGGAGAAGUGGGUGAAAAAUAAAGGAGAAGUUUCAGAAUGUUUAGGUUCUGAUGUCAGUGGCAUGUGGUGUAGCUCUUCCUGAGACAGUGCUGCUUAAUGCUCUCACUGCCGUCAUCUGUGAUCCUCUAGCUCCAAGGAGACAAAGCAGGCUGGAGCCACGUGCUGUUGGACAGAUGGGAACCUUUCUCCAUUGGGUCCAAAGCCUGUAUGGUCUCUGUGGACCAUGCAGCAGCCCCUUGCACUGUCUUCUCUUUGCUGUGUCAGUGCCUGACAGGAGCACAGAGGAGGGAAAAAGACGCACAGUUUUGAUAUCCAGAGACUCUCAUCAACUUGAAUUUCUUUUUUUUUUUUAAUAAAAAAAUAAGCUAAUUUCAAAGAGUUUACUCUUCAAGAUCUAAUGUGUAAGACAUUUUAUUUCUUCAUACAUACAUGAGGAUUUUCCUGCCCUCUGCUGAAGGUAUCUGAGUUAGUUGUGAUCUCUCAUGUCUCUUCAUGGUACACAAGCAGAUGUGAAAUGCCCCAAGCAAGCUAGAGAAAGGAGAGAGCAUGACAAUAAUGUAAUUUUUGUAAGUUUGGGGUAUUGUUUCUAGUGGGUGUCAGAUAUUCAGACACCAGAAAGGAGUUUUAUACUUAAAGGAAGUGUUUUCACUUCCCUUCUUGGAGGGAAUCAGUGUUCAGUGAGGCAUGGGUGGCCAGAGCUCUGAUCCAGCUCAUAUCACUGCUGUGACAUGGACUGCAGGUGACAUGUUGGCACAGGAGAAGAUCUGUCCCAGUGUGCCUCAUUCAGACCUCCUCCUUCCUCCAUUCCACAUCAGCUGUCAGCUCCUGUGGCAGUGAAACAUGGGCAGAGAAGAACUGGUCUUUUCUCAGGCUUGCCACAAUAUUUUUCCUUCUAUGGGUGCUUCCAACAGCACAAUUGUAAAAACAAAAAAUGAAAGAGAAGUUGCCUGAUACUAAAUUGCCUUGCAAAAAAAAAAAAAAAAAAUUCUGAGAUGCCUGGCCUGAUUCUGAUUUUCCAGUGUGAAAUACAUAUCUUCAUUACUUUUAUCCCUUUCCUUUGAGACCAGGGUUACCCCUUAAGCAGUUAUUUUUCCUUGUCUCUGGUGGAAGGCCUAGCAGCACCCAGCAGAGCACCGUGUUGUACUGACAGCAUUAGGUACUGGGUGUUCAGAGGGCACCAGUUUUGUCUGUCCCAGCACUUGGUGUAUAUAGUGUACAUAUUUGGGUUGUAGCUGCAGAGGUGUGUGUAAAUCUCUGCUGUACUGGAUGCUGGUGCCCAGGCCUCUGUAGUGAGCACACCACUGGUUUACAAUCUUAAUUCCCUCUUUCUCCUCAGAUUUUUCCCAGGGCUGGGGUUUGGUGUUCACCUGAGGUCAGGAUGCUGUUGGAGGCUUUUAUUUCUCCUGACAGAGUGGUUUUCUUCUCAGGGGAAGGAUCCUUCCAUAACUUCUUUGAAAUUUUACCAAGGAAGGGUAAGACAAAGCUCUGUGAAACAGAGGAUGAUUAUAUUAAGGUGUACUGGUGGUUGCUAUUACUGCUUCUCUACUACCACAGAAACACUCAGAUUGGGAAGGACUCCUGGGCACCAUCUUGCCUCCAGUCCUUUCUGUUGGGUGGCCCCUUCUCAGCAGCUCACUUCCCCUCUCAGUUCCUGUGGAUGGGCUUCCAGCUCACCUCCCUCCCACUGCCUCUUGUGUUCCCCUGGGCAUGCAGGAAGAACCAGGGUGAACCAUGUGCCUGGGGCUCCCUUCCCCUCUGACUGGGACUGAUUCCCUGGGGCACCCCUGGUAGCCAAGGUGCUGCUCCAUAGGAAUGAAGAGAUAGAUAGAUUUGCUGCAAAGUUUUGGACCCAAGAAGAGACACUCUCCAUGGUUGGUGUAUCCAUAUCCAAUGACACAUUACUGCCAAGCUUAAAUUAUGAUGCUGGAGCAGUUUGAAUCACUGUUCUCCACUCAGCCUGUGUGCACAGGACAUCCUCUGGAUCUUUGGAGACCUCACUAGAUCACUGUAGAUGACUUCCAGCACCACUGCUCCUCAGGUGCUGGAUGCCUUUAUCUUCACGAUUCCAUGUUCCAGGGGAGUUCACAAGACCAUCCCCACACUUGAGCCUUCUCCAGAGGCUGCAAACUGCUGCCUCUUUUCCAAUUUCUCUCUCAGUUCCUUGGUUCCUAGCAAGGGAUCCCAGCUGCUGGGCUUCCUUGCCUUCCAGUUGCUGGCUGUCAGUCCCGUAAUCCCAGCACUGGAUCAGCCAGGGAGCAAUCCCCUCACGUGGCUGGUGGCUGAAAUCUUUCCAUGUCUCAAAGCUCUGAGGAGGUCUGGGGCAGGGCAGUUUCUGUAUCCUGUCUGAAUUCACUCUCCUUCCUCCAGUUUGUCUACUGAAGAACCGACAUCUCGAUCAAACCUUUCCUUUUUCCUCCUUCCUCACUGAUCGAUGAUACAGACCCAUCGUUUCCCUUGUCCAGUUUCUUUUUCACUCCUGGGGCAAUUCCUGUAGCUGCUGCUGUUCCAGUCCUGCCUCAAGCCCAGCCCUCCCAGCACUGAACUGAGGCUCAGUAGGCACAGGCCAGGCCCCAGUAUGGGGCAAAAGCUGCUGGUUUUCACUGGGGUAGGGCAAGGCAAGCGUCUAUCAGUGACACACCAGUUUGCCAGGGUUGUUGCCUGUUCAGGUGUAAAGUCCCUGGCUCUGGGAGGUGAUGCCUGUCCUAGGAACCUGCCCAAAUCCCUCCACACCCCCUGCCAGCCAGGGAACAGCCGUCUCAGGGUGCGUUUCAGUGUUGCCUCACCCAAAAAUCUUCUCUUACGCCAUGAUGACACCAGAUUCCACCAACCCCAUUUUGUGCCAACAGUGUUAAUUAGUAGCAUUAACAGCUCAUGUAAACAUGAACAAGGACCUCUGGAACCUGCACAAUCAUCCACAUCAAUCCAGAGUGGGGAGAGGGAAAUGUGGAGACAAGACAGCUCCCGCAGCACAGCAAGGCCAUCCAUGCCAGGACAAAGCCCAGAACCAUUGUUUGUACUAACACAAUCCCAGCUUCAGCCUUAUAAAGGGAUAAGCAGUGCAGCCAGCAAACUCCCUGACUCCCACAGGAGGUUGCCACUGCUGUAGCAAUAGCACACUGGAUACAAAGCUGCUGUUCUCCAUGUCCCAUGUUGGGUGCCAAAAAGUACCAAAGAAGGUGGACCUUGGCUGGAAAUCGGGUGCCCACCAAGUCGCUCUAUCAUUCCCCUCCUUGGCAGGGUGGGGGCAGGGGGGAGAAAACAAAAUGAAAAAAAGCCCCAAAACCUGGUCAAGAUAAAGGUAGUUAAUAAAGAGUGUUACCAACCCCUUUUCAGGUGCCAGUACAGGGCCGAGCACCAUGAGGGUGCUGUGGAGAAAUGAGCUCCAUCUCAGCCAGGCCCAAUAAACACUGCGAAGUUUUUUAUCUGGUCACUAAGCCCCCUGCUGCCCGUGGCACCUCUGCAGGCAACCAGCUCCACUGUACCCCCCAGGGACUGGCAAGAUCUUCCUGCUCAGCAGAGCUCCUUCAGCUUGAGGACAAAGAGCAAAUUGUCCUAACAAGGGCAGCUGCCUGUCAGAGAGGUUUAUUAUUCCAGGACAGUGAAGGAUCUCACGCUUCAAAUGAAACAGAAUGGAAUGUUUGCUCUCUAGCUCACUGUCUUUCCCGUGCAUCUGAGGUUUCAACAAAAAGAGUAUUUUCUGUUCAUUACAGACUGAACCAAACAUUAAGGGUGACCUGGUGAGCAAACUGUAAAAAAUAUUCACUUUUUUCCUACCUUUUAGGGGGUGGAUUCUGAACUCCAUUGGAUUUGAUAAGAAUAUUUGCUUGCCUGAGCACCCGCCCCGGAGCAGUGGAAUCUCGCUCUGUACAGGCACCGCAGAAGGGUGGGCUGUGGGUGCAGAGAGGCAAAACCUGCUGUCCAGCUAAGUACUCAUUUUUACUGUCAGGAUGUGGAAGGCACUGGGGGCCUCAGGUGGCUGGAGGAUUUACUAGCAGAGAUGUUGAGACUGCAGAUGGAUUUCCAACUUAAGUCUCCCCACCACCUGGAAAGGGGGGAAGGGUCAUGCGUUAUAGAGGGAACUCACAAAAAUGUCAUUUGCGGCCUGGAUUUAGGAGAGCUGGUCUCUCUGGAUGAUGAACGUAGUGGAAGAGACUGAAAUGGGGGGGGAGAUCCAGUAAUUCAUUUAAUAUAGGCCUUCAUUACAGUCAGUCCCUUUGGGCUGGAGAAUAAUGCUGGAGCAGCUGAGAAUGGGGGUGUGGAGAGAAAUCAGCAAUAUCACUGCUUUUUACAUAUUUGGAAGUUGUGAGGAGCUUAGCCUCACUACAGGAUUUCUGCUGAGUUCCUCGUCUGAGGAUCAGGGUUCCAUGAGCCACAUUUUCUGUCUCAGCAGGUGAAUGUGCUGUGGUGAGACUUUGGGAUUUUUAGCUAAGGGAGAAGCACAAAACAACAGCUACCAGUGAAACUGGUUUAAUAAUUAUUAAAUCCUUAAACACCUUCAGUUGGGCACUGCCAGGUCAAUGCUCACUCACCCAAGAAGGCGAAUGUACGGUACAGCAACACUCUGGGUACUCCUCGGUUCCAAACUGCUGUUCUGAAUGCAGAGAUACCCAUCAGGUGCCCUCUUGACUUGGGUUAUGGAGUGCUUAGGCAGUGGUGCCUGUCGUAACUUUCUUACAGACUUAAGUGCAAUUGUGUACAUUUGUUACAUGCUUUGCCCUAGGGCUGUCUGUAAUUCCUGUGGUUUGAUGUUUAUCUUUGGUGUAAUCUGUGUUCGAAUUUCAUCUACUAUGAAAUUUUAUAGAGGUGUCCACCUUGCCUUUUUUUUUUCUUGCUUUAAAAAUGUUUUCUCAUCUUCAUCAACUCAAAGCUACAGUAGAGCAGCUAAGUCUGUACUGGAAUGCUGACAAGAUCUUUCAAUAAAGAAUUGGCUUCUAGGA